GCGGCGCCCGGCCUGCCUGUCUCGGCGUGCCUUGCGGCGGCGCGGCGCGUGCGGACGGAGCGGGCCGCAGCGGCGGGGCCGGAGCCGCGGCGAUGCUGGAGGAGGCGGGCGAGGUGCUGGAGUCAGUGUUGAAGGCCUCAUGCCUGCCGCUCAGCUUUCUGCUCUUCGUGCCCGCCGUCCUCUUGCUCCUGGGGCCGCCGCCCGCCGCCGAGGCCGCCCACGAGUUCACGGUGUACCGCAUGCAGCAGUACGAGCUGGGCGGGCAGCCCUACGGCACCAGGAGCGCAGUACUUAACACAGAAGCCCGCACUGUAGAAGCGGAUGUCCUGAGCCGCCGCUGUGUGAUGAUGCGACUGGUGGAUUUCUCCUACGAGCAGUACCAGAAGGCUCUCCGCCAGUCAGCCGGUGCUGUGGUGAUCAUCUUGCCACGAUCCAUCUCUUCCGUCCCACAGGAUGUUGUCAGGCAAUUCAUGGAGAUAGAGCCAGAAAUGCUCGCUAUGGAAACUAUUGUGCCAGUCUACUUUGCUGUGGAAGAUGAAGAGCUGCUGUCAAUCUAUGAACAAACGCGGGCUGCUUCUGCGUCACAGGGCUCUGCCUCGGCUGCAGAAGUUCUGCUGCACACGGCAACUGCCAACGGCUUCCAGAUGGUGACCAGCGGGGCUCAGAGCAAAGCCAUCAAUGACUGGCUCAUACCCAGCGUGGAGGGAAGGCUUACAGGGCUGGGUGGAGAAGACCUGCCCACUGUUGUGAUAGUUGCCCACUAUGACUCAUUUGGAGUGGCUCCGUGGCUGUCGCAUGGUGCUGACUCCAAUGGCAGUGGAAUCUCCGUGCUGCUGGAACUAGCCAGGCUCUUUUCCCGGCUCUACACCUACAGACGUACCCAUGCUGGGUAUAACUUGCUGUUCUUCGCCUCUGGAGGUGGCAAGUUUAAUUAUCAAGGAACCAAGCGGUGGCUGGAAGACAACUUAGACCACACUGAUUCCAGCCUGCUACAGGACAACGUAGCAUUUGUUCUCUGCCUCGAUACUCUGGGCCGAGGCAAUAGCCUUCAUCUCCACGUCUCAAAGCCUCCCAAGGAGGGAACCUUGCAGCACGCGUUUCUGAAAGAACUGGAGAUGGUCAUUGCCAGCCAGUUCCCAGAGGUGAAGUUUUCCAUGGUGCACAAGAAGAUAAACUUGGCUGAGGACAUGUUGGCGUGGGAACAUGAGCGUUUUGCAAUCCGACGUUUGCCAGCCUUCACCAUCUCCCAUCUGGAGAGCCACCGGGACAGCCUGCGCAACAGCAUCAUGGAUAGGAGGGCACGAAUAGACACUAAGGCACUAACCAGGAAUACUCGGAUCAUUGCUGAAGCUUUGACAAGGGUCAUCUACAACCUGACAGACAAGGGAGCACCUGCAGAUCUGCAGAUCUUCACGGAUCAGAUGCAGAUCCAGGAGGAGCAACUGGAAUCGGUGAUGGACUGGCUGAGCAGUCAGCCCAGGGCUGCCCAGCUGAUUGAUAAAGACAGCACCUUCCUCAACACCUUAGAAUAUUACAUGGGGCGCUACCUGAAGGAUGUCAAACAGCAUCACGUAAAAGCAGACAAACGGGACCCUGAGUUUGUUUUCUAUGACCAGCUGAAACAAGUGAUGAAUGCAUACAGGGUCAAGCCAGCUAUCUUUGACCUGCUCCUGGCGGUCUGUAUCGCAGCCUACCUUGGUGUUGCCUAUGUUGCAGUGCAGAACUUUGGUCUCCUUUACAGGAUGAUACAGAGAUUAUCUCUUAAACCCAAGCAGCAGUGAAGCAACGAGUCAUCACCUGUACAGCAGCACUGAGCCAUCGGAGAGCGUGCUGAUGUCAGGGGCUCCCUGAUGACCAAACGCUCUUGAAAUGCCAACCCUACAGGGAGACUUUCAUUUUUUUCUGAUCUUUUGAGUGGUUAUUUAAAAAAUACUCUCUACAUGCAUGACGUGUUCGUGACACUCCUCUACCAGAUGAAUUUGUAAUGACCAGAAUGGCUGGAAGACAAACUAGGAUUGUUUUCCACUGGCUUUCAUGUUCAACCCUUAGAGCCUUCGCGUGUUGUGCUGUGGGAAGGUGCAUGCUCUGGGCUGUGGAGGAUCAGAACACGCAGUGACAAUCUGAAGAACUUCUCCAGGUUCUGAAUAUCUGGAAGUGGUUUCAGAUGCCUCCAGCUGCAUCAUUCAGCUGUGUUAUGCUUGGAGAAGGCGUGUUCCCUCCAAUCCAGGUUAAUGAAACUCCGUUACUUCCCUGAGACAAAUAGCAAACCCACAGUUAUUGGCAAUCCUGCUGCAGUUUGACUUGACACAAGUAAUGGACAAGAGAGACUAGAACAGGGCCGAUGCAUUCUCUCAUGCAAUGGAGACUGUUAGGCUUCGCUCUUCCAAAGGAGAAGCUCAAAGUUCAGAGUUGGAAACGUCCAUCCGGGCACCUCCGGUGUGGUUACAGCUCUGUCCCUGCCAAGGUUGUCGCAUUAAAGCAAACUAUUUAGCUCUUUGUCUCAACAAUAAGCAGCUCGCGCUUCUGAGGCAGUGCGGGGAGCCGGUGGCAACUGUCUAAAAGAAAGGUGGAUAGAGGCAAAUAAUGAGAGUUCACACUCUCCACACACACGGGUGAUUUGUCCUCUGCUUGGCUGCCUUUUGUGUAUCUCUCCCUGGCAGUAAGUUCUGCUCUGGAGAAGGGUUUAUGCUUUCAAUCAAAGCACAAAUGCACUUAAACAUGAUAAACUCGAAUCUAAGAUAGUCCAAUUCCAACCUUCGCAUAGCUGGAGCAGAGUGCUCAUCCCAGGAGUCAACUCGCUUCCCACAUUCCUCUUUCCUUUGGGAAGCUGACAGCGAAACUCCUAAAUAGGCCCCGCUUUUCUGUUAAAAACAAGAGAAAUGGUGUCGAUCUGCACUGCAGCUUAGCUGCUCAAUUCUGUCACCAACACUAUAUGCAAAGGCAGAAAUCCAACAGCUGGGUACAAUCCAACCGUUCUGAUAAAAUAAAAGUUCUCCACAACGCUGGAGAAGAGCUCUGUGUAGCUCUUUCUUCUUGUUUUCAUCUGUCCUUUGCAUCAGGAGUUUGCCUGGCUGGGAAGGAAGCGUUAUGUCCACAAAUGGCGAGCAGUGGUAUUUUGAGUAUUUGAGUGGUAUUGAUAUUUUGAGCCAUAAAACAGUUUUCUUCGCUGUCUCUCUGACUCGAGGUGUUGUCCUGGUGCUGUCAGAGACUGCAGCUCACAGAAAUCUGGUUUUCCAACAGGAUUUCAGCACUGAAGCUGUUUGUUCUGUCCACUCCGACCCACGCAGGCCAUAAUGGGAAUUAUAGGCAAGUAUUUUGGUUGUUGCAGUUGAUCUCCCAAAUACCAAAAACUGGUUUGUUGUUAUGAAAUCAGUGCUACUGCGCGAUAGGAAUGCACUCCUGUACUCAAUGCAAAGAGGAAAAACCCUGCAGCCAAAAAAGAACCAGAUCCCCACUGUCUGUGGCUGGAGGAGCUCCCAUGAUCUCUUUAGAUGUUAAAACCACAAAUAACCCCCAAAUUGCUAUGGGGCUUAGUUGGUUGGUUAGUUUGAAGUCAUGCGCUCUCAUAUUAUUCAUAACACAAGCCAAAAUCCAGAGCUUCUCCUGCACCUCGUGGCCAAGCUGGGUUUUGUACUUAAGAGCCAUUCAGUCUCGACUUCCCGAUUGGAAAUGAUGAGGUGCUACUGUCUGUCUCAGUAAAUCUGGGCUCUGGGUAUUCGGGUGUGGGCUCCCGCUUUCUCCCUUGGAUCUGUUUGAUUUCCAUUUGUAGUUAUUGGAUGGCAACUUCAAGGUUGUAAUCUGGAAUAUUUGCGGCUCAGGAAAAAGUUGAUUUAUCUGGCAAUGUUAACCUAAUUAUUUAU